AAAGUCAAAGUGCACUGCGCGUCUUGUCGCAUAAACCGCGGAGAUACGUUCAAGUGUACAGAAGUACCCGCGAUUCGAUACGACCAACAUCACACCACGUGCUCAUUUACUCAACGUCAAAUCAUCCCCGUAUGGCCUACAAUAACUCACUCUACCUAAAACAUUUAUUCCAUCCAUUUUUUUUUCUAUAACAAACUAAAUAACACAUUCCGUCUAAGCCUAGUGACUAAUUACUUAUUAAAUUACCAGCUAAAAAAAUUUUAUGUGAUUACAAAGUGUAAUUAAGUAUUCAUCUAUCAAUCAGCAAUCAAUUUUUAAAAAAACCGCACACUUAUCGCAUUCGAUAGCAUAAAAUUUAUUUUAAAAAAUGAUUUGUCGUCAAGUUGCAUCAACUUUAACGUCAUUCGUCCUGUUAAUUUCAUUCAUCUCCUACGGAGAUGCAGUCCUUUGUUACGAAUGUAACAGCGCAUUUGAUCCAAGAUGCGGUGAUCCCUUUGAUCCUUACAGUCUUGGUACAGUAAAUUGCAGUUUCCAAGAGCGUCUUGAGCACAUCAACAAAAUUGAGCCGACAAUCUGCCGUAAAAUUUCCCAGAAAGUUUACGGUAAAAUAAGAGUAGUAAGGGGCUGCGGAUUCAUAACCGAUGUAAGAGAUGACGCCGAGUGUGUAAGAAGAAGCGGUACCCAUGACGUAAUGGCGUAUUACUGCUCAUGUACUACAGAUCUUUGUAACAAUUCAAAUUACGUAACACCCAAUUUUGGAUUGCUGCUGUCUAUUUUUAGUAUUGUCUUUAUUUGGACAAUUAAUUAGAAAACCGUCCCACGUAUCAACUGAAUACUAUUAAAAUAAUAAAUACUUUAAUUAAUUAAAUAAAUAAAUAAAAACAGAUAACUAAAAAAAAUCUAUUUAAUUAAUUAAAUUAGCCGUUAAGUAAAUGAAUGUUUUUAUGAUCAGAACAGGCGCGUUUUUACAUAUAUACAUCAUCAAAUGUAUGUGUAUAAUGGUAUUUUUGAAAUAAUAAUUGUCAUAUCAAAUUGUGAAUUGAUGAUUAAUACACUGUAAAAAAUUAGCGGAGUAAAUCCGGACUGUCUAUUUAUUUGAUCCACUCGGAGUAAAAUUUACUCCGAAGGAGAGUCAAUUUUAAUACUGAAACUCCAAAUCGGAGCGAAUGCAGAUUUAAAUAAAAUCCAGAUCACUCCAAAAUCACUCAGCUGGAGAAAUAAAUUCCCCAUUUACUCCGAAUGCAGAGUAAUUUAUUAAAACUCCGGAACUCCGAGUGUCGAAAUGUAAAUUUGAAUUUAAAUAAAAUCCGAAUUCACUCAAAAUUCUUUACAGUGUAAUGUUAUGGAAUUUAAAGAUUUUAAAUGGUCUAAGCCGGUUAAAUGAAAAUCAAAGAUUAAUAUUUAUAAAUAAAUAAAUAAUUAGUAAUACAUGUCAAUUUUACCUCAAGUGACUAGUCUCUGAAUUUUUUUUUUUUUAUUUUUUUUUGUAACUGAAGAUAAAUUGUUUGAAUUACUGACUUGGAUUUGAAAAGAAACGCACGAUACGACUCUUGAUCCGCUCAAACGUUUGCUAUUCCGUAAAGAUGGACGAUUAGGAAAAAAAAAAUUGAGUCUGACGGAUCACGCGUCUGUUCAGUAAAUUUAAAAAAAACUGCCAGACUAUUUCAAAAAGAGAUAAAUAAAAAUAAUAAAAAGCUUUGUCGCUUUUGUCGCAAUAUUAAAUGAGAGAGUCUAGUCGUUAAUGCUAAUUUAAUUAGACCGAUGGUAGUUCGAGGGAAUUUAAUUCGUUAAAUUGAUUAGGAAUAUUUAAAUAAAACAAUAGAUAAAUAAGUUAAAUUACGAGAAAAGAAAUGUUUAUAUUAAAAAUUUGGAACACCAAUGACCUUUUAUUGUUCGUCCAAUUGUUAUUAUUAUUGAUUAGUUUUUUUGAGCUAACGUCGUACCUCAGCAAUUGAAAUAUUGUCUACUUGCAAUAAUUAACGAGAGCAAUGAAUGAUACUAUAGGCAAUUAAUUAAAUAAAAUUUUAAAAAUUGAUUUUAUUAAAAUAUAAAUAAAGUUUUAAAUAUUUGAAAACAGUGGAUUUAAAUCGUUAUAUUAAGGAAAGAUUUAAUCCAUUAACGCUCAUAGUAAACUCUGAAAAUUUUGAGGGCUGGAAAAAAAAAUUAAACUUACGAAUAUUUCAUUUCUAUUGAAAUUCUUCAUCGAACUUUUAAUAAUAAAAAUUUUUUGUUAAUAAUAAUGAUUUAUUUUAUAAAUUCAAAAAUCUCUGCCGAGUUAAUUAUGAAUUUUAAUGGAUAAAAAAAAUGAAAGUGACUAAUUGAUUAAAAUAAAAUUAAAGGUGAUAAAAGCAAUGAUUUUACUAAAAAUAAAAUUGUGAACUUCAUAAUUAUUAUAAUUGAUUAAUUGUUACGGUGUACAUAGAUGUUUGCUUAAAAUAUCAGCCAAAUUAGGUGAGGUUACUCUUUUUUCAGAGAAGCCUUCGGAACGACGUGACUGCAUCGGCGAGAUUUUUUUUCUCUACUGUAAUUUACGGUUCUGUCAAUUAAUUAUUUAAUUUCCUUUUAACUUAUAAUUUUAAGUGUUUUAUGUCUGUUAUAUUUUAAUAAUUUUAUUGAAUGACAUUUAGUUCCCAAGUGUCCGCUAGAUGGUUUUGUUCGAAGGCGCGCUCACAUGUGGAGUAAAAAGGCGGCUGAAUAAAUACGCUGGCAAAUUAUUGUUGGAGGUUAUUGUCAAUAAAUAUGACAUUUAAGGGCAUUCUCACCCCCCCCCUCCCUACUUUUUUAAAGAAUUCAAUGAUUUUCAACUGUCAAUUAUAGAAUUUUCGAGCAUAGUAAUUUUUACACUUGUUUACAGUCCAGUCGCGUUAUAAGUCCGCCGACUUAUAUUUCUUGGAAGACAUUCCCCCUCUAUGACUACGAAAAUAAUCAUAGACACUAGACUGGGCCAAAAAAAUUGACUAUUUUUUUUUUUCAUAGCUAUAUCGAAAAUAUUAUUCAGAAUGACAAAAAAAAUUUCAUGAAAGUUUGAGCACUUAAACGUUAUUGAAAUCGUUUUGACUCAAAUUCAACCUUGAAUAACUUUCGAAGGAGUGAAUUUAGCAAAAAAUGUUAAGAGGCCUUUUUUGUAGAGCAUUAAAUUUCCUUCGAAAAUCAGUCAUGGUCUUUAUUAGAUAUUUAUUGAUUCGUCAGUUACAAAAUUCAAAAGUAAAAAUGUUAAAUCGAAAAAAUAUAUAUCAAUUUAUUAAGCUUAAUUAAUCGGAAACGGCUUGUCUGACGAAAAUUUUCAAUCAGACCUUUUUUGUAGGGAAUUUAAUUUUACAUAAGAAUAAGUGAAAAUGAAUUUUUUUUACUCCAAUGAUUUAGCAAUUCCGACGUAAAACAUCAAAUUAUGAAUUAAUAUUAAAAAUAGCGAUGAUAGACCUCUUAAAAUUAAUAUUAAGGGCUCAAACUUUCAUGAAAUUUUUUUUUUGUCAUUCUGAAUAAUAUUUUUUAUAUAGCUACAAAAAAACAAAUAGUCAAUUUUUUUGGCCCAGUCUAAUGUACACGCUCAAACUCUUGCAAAGAAGGGGAAGUGUAAGUUACGGCGUUCAACUGCUGAGCAAAAGUGGGGUUACAGGAAUUCUUAGAAUAAUAUUUCCUAUAACGCGAUUCGACUGUAUUUGAAUUUCCGUCAGGUGACCAACGUCCGACUUUACUAUGAGACCAUAGAAUUUCAAACGAGAAAAAUUUCUCCGUGUAAUGACGUUGCCUUUUUUUCAAUUGAUGCUUUAAUUUUUUUUGAAUUUAAUACAUAAAAUAUAAUUAUGGUUACGACAGUUGUCUGAGAAUGCCCUCAAUGGUAUAUAUUUAUAAAGUACAGAUUAAUUCUCACUCUACUUAAGUAUGUACUAGGAAAUAAUGAAUUAUCAAUGAAAAACAGCUCAAAAUUAUGCCAAAAGUUAUGUAAUCUACAAAAUUUUUUGUUAAAUAAUAAAUUUCUCGUCGAAACAGUCGCAUUUGCCUUAAAAAAUUUAGCCUGUAAGAUUUAGAUAUUACAUGAGAAAAAUAAAAUAUUAAAUAUCAUUUUAUUGUAAACUUAUUAUAUAUAUAGUACGAAUUAGAUCCGUUUGUUGAUAUUUCUUCGAUUUUUAAACCGAUCGACAAUUGAGUGGCAUUCUAUUGAUACUAUUUUGAUGGUAAAAAAAAAACAUAUCGAGCUCGUAGAUUAUCGUAAUUAAUAAACGUAUCAAAAUUUGGUUGUUUUUAAAAUUUAAUUUAUAAACAAAACGGUGGAAUUUUAAAAAUAAUUAUUUUCAUAAAAAACUUAAAGUGGAAAUAACGAGAUGAAUAUUUUGUACGGAAUAUAUUUUUGAAUAAAUACUAAAAGCGACUGUGAAAUUGAUAAGGUGAAGUAAAAAAAAAUUAAGAAUUGUAAUACUCGUAAUAAUAUAACUAUAAUAUAUAUGUGUCAUGAAAUAAAUAUAUUUAUAGCAGUAUUUUUUUUCAUCAUUUGUGCGGUAUCAAAAGAAUGUCAAUGUUUUAUCGGAGAAGAUUAUUUGUAACGACAAUUAUAAAGUUGUAUAAAAUAAUACACGAGAAUCAACAUCAUGUGUAGGAAUGAUUUAUUAAAUAAAGCGUUGAAUGAUUA